UCAGAGCUCGUCAGUUAACGACGCUUGUCUCAGUUGCAUCCGAACGCUCCAGCAGUAAACGUUAUCCAAAACUGGCUACGCGCAAAUCAAGCUGUUGCACGCCAUUUGAAUUUUGUGUCCUUCCAGCUGGCCACCACCAACUCCACCAUGGUGACCACCAAUGCAGCCGGAACGGGGACAGCUGCCACAACAACCAGCAACACCACGAACAACAACAACCUACAGACAAACAACAACAGCCAUGGGGCGAACAACAACAACGAUGACUUUGACUUUGACCAGGAUAGUGGCCUCCAGGACCUUGGCUUACCCGUAUCCGUUCAAACCUUCCUGUGGCGUCAAAUAGCGCCCUUCAUCCGGCCCAAGUUGGGCAAACUGCACGAGUCCACCUGUCUGUUUUGUCAACAUGCACCGGGACACCAUGAGUCGAAGGAAGCUUGCAAGUCCUUUGAGAAAGUGCUUGUGCAGAACAUCCAAUUGUCUUCACCUCCUCUGACCAAAUUGGGUGUGAUUCCCCGAUGGCGCCUGUUGCAAGGAGCACUUCCUCAUGUAAUGCACGCCUGUGCCGCUCUACUCUACAAUCGUGUCAAGGACAUGCAGGCCAUAGGCCUGGAGACCAAACUCCUGUACACCAUGCAGUGGAUCCUUCUCUAUGCCGCCGAGGAAUGUGCCGAUGACGAGGGCGGCGAGGAUCUGGCUUUGGGCGAUGCAGCCGAACCCAAGUCCAAGUCAAUAGAUCAAUACUUAUUCUCGGUGCCAACUAUUACGCUUUUUGUGUACCUCUUUGCACCUAUAAUACACCAUCUUAAAGAAUCGGACUUCCAGAACUUUCGCCUGGAGAAUGGCAUUAAACUCUGGCAGGGAAUGUGGGAUAACCGAGCACCUGGUGCCCCAUGUUUUACAGCUCCUGUAAAACCCAAGGCCAGGAAUCUCCUAUGUGCACCCACUCCAAAAGGAUCUACGGAUGUCUUUCCUGCCCGCAAGCAUUCCCUCAGUGCAGAUGCCAUGUCUCCAAAAGCAGACUCUCCACAAAGCGGUAUCUCUGACUAUGGAAGACAGGAUGAGGAGGGCUCUUGGGUUUCUUCCCCCAAGGAAUUUGCCUUUCCCGAAACCAUUCCAGAAGAAGCCUCCAGCGUGGAAGAUGAACGUGUGGUCAUAUUUAGGCUGCCCUCGGCGCCACAACUUAUGGAUAACUCCUUCUUUACGGCCGAUGCCAGUCUGCUGCAACAGCAGCAAUCCCAGAGUCGUCGUGGAAGUCGACAGUCGAUGAACUCCCGCGAUAAGGACAAGGUGCCCUCUACCAAGUUCGAGUUCGAUCAGCAGGAACUGAUGCGCGGUGCCUCGAUGAAGGAAAAGCGAAGUGCCUCCAUUGAAAAGGAGACGGACUCGGACAAGUCAGAGAGUAUCAAGGCAGAUGUGUCGGCAGCCACUUUUCUGGAUGUGGCUGUUCUGCGGUGUCUCUUUAUCUCCCAUUGGCAGGAGGAGGGCAUCUUCUGGAGCCUUCAAUAUCUAUAUAAUCGACUUAGUGACAUUGGUGAGGAGGCGGCCAUUACUUUGAAUCAACCUCGCAAAAGGUCAAACUCCUUGCCCAUACCACAAAUUGAGAUUUCACUGUACCAAGGACCCGGCAGCAAUAGUCGUGAUAGUCCCGGUAGCUCAGUGGUUAAGGAUUACAUUGAAAUACCCGAUCCAUCGCCUACAGUAACAGCAUGUGUAGCAGAAGAACCCCAGAGUGCCCCAAGUACUACCGAAAGACGUGGCAGCGAGAAGAAGAAACGCGUUAAAAUGGCCGAUCUGAGAGCCUUUGUAGAGACCAAGAUGUUCUCCAAGUCGGAGAAGAAUUUGGAAAAAGUAGGGCUCGAUACAAGCUCAGCCAAUGGCAAGACACCACUGCAACAUGCAGAGUACCAUCGCAGCCUGGAUACCGGUGAGAAGAAGCUAUCGAGAUCUGCUUCGAUGAUUAGUCGCGAACCGGCCAGUAAUUUGAUCAAGGGAAAAUCCAUGCCCAGUCUCAGCUGUCUGCUUGAUAGCGGAUACGUUGAGCCACCCAAGGCCCCAAGGCCAUCGCAAGCCACCUGUCCCUCCACGGCGUUUUACCCUAGGAAUCCUAUCAUUACGGUUACGGAACACACCCCCACACCAUCGCCCGAUUAUAUGAAGCGACAGGGAUCCAUUGACUCCCAGCUGGAUGCCCUGAGUAAUGGCGGAAGUAUUGCCGGCGUGGGUGGAAAUGGAGGUGGUAAUGGUAGUACGGGAAUGGGCAGCACCACCACCCGCUAUCGUGGUCAAAUGUUGCGCUCCCACACGGACUCUCACAUCGAUUACACGGGUGUGGAUGAGUCGGAGGCUCCGGGAUCCUCCUUCUAUAUAACACGCGAUGGUGGCAUUGACUAUGAGAUAAUCCUGCUGGCCAUUAGUAAUGUGUUCAAGCGAGAUCCGGCACAAGUUUGCUCUCUGCGUGUUUUGGAAGCGGGUUUGAAUAUUUGCGAACUACUCAUUGAAAUGGGUGUUCUCAAGUUGGGCGAACAUGCUCACGAGAUCUCGAUGAGUAUUACCAGGAGAGCUCUACAGGUCUUGGGAUGUCCACACGGAUGCAAUGAUGGUGUUCGAGGUCCCCCAGCCGAUUUCCUGCGCAACCAAUGCCAGAAAAUCCUGUCCCGCAUGUUGAGGCAAGCGGGUCAGAGGACCAAGCGCUUCAUGCAGGAGAUGGUGAAGACCUCCCCUUUGCCGGAGCUUAUCGACUACUUCCAUGCCUUCCUGGCCUUCUGCGUGGACCCGAGCUCCCUGCUCUCGCCCCUGAGUCAGGGCGGCUAUUCGACAAAUUUUAGUGGCGGCAUGAGCGGCGGAGCCGAGGCCCAGGUGGUUGGAGCGGUCUUCAAGCCGCUGGUCAGCCGGUUCGUGGAGGCCAGCAAGGAUCUGAAGGGUCCGGAGAAUAUAGCCCUCUACGGGGACAUCCGGCAGCUGGUCACGUAUGUGAAGGGCGCCCACGGCGGUCCAUUUCGUCUGGUGGCCCUCAGCGGAAUACUGGCUGUCACCCCUAGGCCCCACAAAAAGGGUCCUUCGGCACAGACCACUCGCGUUAUAAGACACAUUCCCCAGGCGAAUGUGAGCCAGAGCCUGCAGAACGACGACAACCGUUCCCAGCGACGUCUCCUCCUGAAGAAGCGUAGCACCUCAUCUGCCUGCGCCAGCCUGCUGGAGACGGAGGCGUGCGAGGAGCACUACAAGACCAGCCAGUCGCCGCUGAGCAACUUCCGCCGGCGGACCACGGGAGUCCGACCCACCUUGACCCCGCGGCACAGCGAACGAGCCCUGCUGUCCGACUCCACGUCCAGCUCGGAACGCAAUUCGCUGGGACGGCUCAGCGGCUUGGUGCGCUGGUUCCGCGGCACGCCCAAGGAGGCCUCCUCCAUCGAUCUGGAGAUCGGAUCGCUCAACCCGGAGAUCUCCUCCACGUUCAUGCGGCACGCCUCGCUGAAGAUCCAGCGCGGACGGUCGAGCGAUGGCAUUGGGCGGUCCAUUCAGCGCGCCAAGCGACGCGUCGAGCGGCGGCUGAACCGUUUCGGCGGCAUUGUGAAGGGCAAGAAGAAGGUGGGUGGCAUCGAGGAGACGGCGGACUUCAGUCGUCGCUCCUCCUCGGACAUGUGCGACGGGCCGCGGGAGUCGGAGGUGGUGAUCCUCAAGGAGCGCAAGCUGGUGCCCACCGAACCAGUGCGCGUGGGCAUGCUGCGUCUCUCCUUCUUACUGGAGACCUGCGCCCCCGGCUCCUUUCCCGAUCCCCAGCUGGUUGCCGCCGUCCUCGAUCUGCCCCAAGCUCCCCUCGUAGCCAGGGCCACCUUCCUGCUGGAGUGCGCCCACUUUGUCCAUCUGUGCAACAAGGGUCAGUGGCCCGCCUGGAUGAAACAGAACGUGGGCAGUUACCGUGCAUCGGGUGCCAACAUUAAUAUCAACCAGAUGAAGCAGCAGGUGAGCCAAACGAGCGCCAGAAGAACCCACAUCCUGCAGCGGGCUGCCGGAAAGAUGUUCCACCAGUGGGCUGAGAUGGUAGGCGCACGGCUAGAGGAGAUCCUCUUCACCGAGCGACUGCAGUACGAGGCCGUCAAUGCCAGUCUCACAGAUCCCGAAAAGCAGCGAGAGCUACUGCAGCAGGACGAGGAGGAGGACUUUCUGGACGAGACUUCGGUGAAUCCGCAUGGCAACGAUUGCCCGCACUCCUUGAAGUUGAUUGCCUGUGUGCUGCUCUUCGAGAUUACGGCCUUCCUGAGGGACACCUAUCUGAUGCUACCCAAGACAUCCAAGCUGAUCCAUCGCGACAAACCGGCGCCCUGGGAGAAGGUGUACCGCGAGGCCAACCGCCGUUGGUCCAUGGCCCUCAGUUCCAUGGGUCACUCGCAGACCUCCGCCCAGAGCCUGCAGUCGAUAGCAGCGGGAAACGAUGGAGCCGGCCAGUCAGAGCGCAAGAUAUCCUUCGUGCUCCACGAACCGGACAAUGAGUCGGAGAAUAGUAGCAACACAACGCUGACCAAGGAGGGCGAAGAAGCUCGUCGACCCACUGCAUCGGCUGUACGUCCCUUCCUUCUAAGACGGGGCACAGCCACCACAACUGGAGGAUCCUUCAAGCGUCGUUCUCUAAAGCUACGUCGCAACACCAAAGACAGCAAGGACAUAGAAACCGAUUUCAACAUGCAAUCGCGAAGGAAGGUCUCCUCGCUCUCGGAUCGCAGUGACACAUCGGAACAAGGAAUGAUCAGUGGUGGAGAGGAGUCACCUGGGAUACUCAGCGACGAUCAGCAGCCGGAGUCACCCACUGAUUCCAAUGAGAACGAUGACACGGCGAAGAAUAUGCCCUGGCUAAAAGCUAUUAUCGACCUAAUGUCCAGCUACAACUAUUACUGUACUCACAAGGGAUAUUGCCACCCCUUCUGCUAUAAACGACACAUGCGAUCCUGCACUCGGUUGGUCAAGGCCACAAGAAAGGUAUAUGGCGAGGAAUUCGGCUUUACCUUCGAUGCGGAUCAUCCCAAUGUAGAACCUACUAUAAUCACCUCCGGUAAGCCCCAUACUUCACGAGCCCGCUCCACUCGAAAAGUAUCGGAGCAGAGUUCCACCCAGACAUCUCCGUCCAAGCGUAAAGAUAGCUUGUCCCGCAAAGAUCGCAUAAGUGAUGAUCCCGACCUGGAAAUGGCGGAGAAGUUAGCCAAAGCUUUUCGACAGGAGAAAGAAAAGAAGAUGCAGGAGGAACCACCAAUCCUCAAAUUCAUCCGCAUCCACAUACGCAACUUGUUCCACUUUCCUUUGGCCACCCUGCUAAAGGGAGCUGUUGUCCUUACCGAAGAGAUGGUCAUCGAGGCAAUGCCCGCCGCCUGGGAACUCCUCCUAGAAACGAAUCACGAUACGGCCACCUCAAGUGCAGCCGUAUUUCUGAUGGGUUCGGUGAAGGCCCAGAACUUUGCUUUUGACAUCAUGCAGCGGGCACUGAAGCACAAGGAUCCGGACAUAAGGAUUGGAGCCAUUCAGCGAUAUCUGGUACUGUGGAAGUGCCGUUUCCAUGUCUGGCCGCGAAUGGAGGAGAACGCCCACGAUGUGACCUUCAAGGUGCCACCGGGAGGCAUUGAAUUCACACUACCCUCACCCAAGAUUGGCAUUGAAAGUCUGCCGGUAGUGGAUCCACCCUGGAUGCCAGUGCAGCAGACCAAGGACAUGGACGUCACCCUGAACCAAGAUAGACAUAGAUCCCUAGUCACCGCCACCAAGAGCCGUAAGAUGCAGCAGACGGAGGCCAUUCGGAAUGCGUUGCGCCAGCAGAGGGACAAACAAAGGGCAGAGCGACAUAGCUUCCUGAUCACCAUGAUACCCAUAAGCCAACAGGCCUCACAUGAGCCAGGAAUGGAGAAGCUGGAGGACCAUGAGAUCGAGGAGGAUCUGGAUGGUACGCGCAUGUCCUCGCAUCUGCACCACGCCCACUCGCUCUUCCCCUCCGUCCUCUGCUCCUCCGUGAUGCAGAUUGUCGGUUGUCUGGACGAUGCAGCCAUCGGAUCGGAUGGUAAUGCGGUAUACGAGAUAGCCUACCAGGUGAUCUGGGUUUGUUUGGUGGAGGAGUCAGCCCUGUUCCUGCGCUAUGUUUUCGAGCGUCUAACUCGUGAUCGUCAGGAUCAGAUGUUCAAGCUGCUGCGACACCUCAUUCGAUUUGUCCCACGUCUGCCGCAACAGGCUGCAUUUGCCCUUUACAACUCCAUUAUUGGGUAUAUCAUGUUCUAUGUGCGAUCUUCCAACGAAUUGAAGCAAGAGCUCGUUGGCUCAGCUUUAUCUGUUCUCUGGAUGGUGGUGCACUCGGUUCAUGGCAUUAUGUUCAAGGAUCUAAAGCAGAUUCUGCGUAAGGACAAUGCAUGCUCUAUCUUACUAACUGCAAAUGUUCCCGCGGCCAAGAAUGUAGUACAUGGACCUGCUGAUGAUGACUACAACAUACCCUCUCAGUUUCCAGUGCAGGAGGACACUCUGUUCUGUCAGUUGCUCAAGGAGGCCCUGGAUUACUAUCCCAUCGAUGAGAAGAACACCAGUCACUACUGCUUGGUAGAUUACAAGAGCAGCAAGAUCCUCAACCCCAAUUGGUACAUCCGUGAUUUGUACUUCUUCAAGAGGUCCCAAUAUCCGGAGGUUCGUCUCAUGCUGAUGCGUCCGGAAGAGUCCUUCCUGGCCCUGCAAAAACAAGAGCUAACCAAGAAGUUCGUGGAGAUCGGAAAGGUUCAUUUGACCUGGGCUAUCCUCAAAAACGUGGACAUGGUGGUGCAGAGGGUGGUGUUCCUGCACGAGGAGCUGAUGAAGCUGCCCUCCUUCCCGCGCAAGGCACUCGAGGUGGAUCUGGAUCUGCACCAUGGUGGCGAGUACGGAAAGGUGCUGCUCGGGUUGGACGUCCUGCACAAGUUCAUGUGGGUGCGUCUGAUCGCCCGCAUGUUCGAGGCCAUGGCUGGGAAUUUCGCCUACUCAGCGGACAUCCAACUCUUUCUGAACGUACUUUCCGGCGCCUCCAUUCUGGCAUGCCGAGAUUCGUGCAUCAUGCGCUAUGUGAUGGCCACCUUCUCAACGCCGGCCUUUAACUUCAAGAACAUCUUCUCCACGAACGGUUACUUUAUGAUAAUGCCCACCCUGUUGCAAGUCUAUUCAUUGCAUCAGACCAACAAGCUGAUCACCACUACUAUUGAAUACGCUGUAAAGCAGUUCUAUCUGCUGAACCGGAAGCCCUUCAUCCUGCAAAUGUUUGGUUCCGUUUCCGCCAUUCUCGACACGGACGAAGAUGGCACUUAUGGUGAGGCCCACAAAGUGCAGUCAAGCUGUCUGUUCAAUCUGCUUCUCAGUCUGGAGGAUCCCUCACCGGAUCCUCUAAAUAUUGCGGAGCUGGUCAAGGAGCCCAAACCUUUGAAAGCCAUUGACUUUUGUUACACGACGAGGAUGACGACGUCACCGGUGUUGGAUUGCAUAACACUUUGCGUAAUGGUGGUAUCCUACUCCGCCGAAAGCACACGAGGAUACCAAAUGCUAAUUAUUUUGGAGGCCAUCCUACCCUGUUAUCUUCAGCAAAUCCAAUCGCCCAGCUAUAUUCCUCUGCAGGGAAAGUCCGAGCGGGAUAUCAUCCUCCAGCUGGCGGUGGCCAUUCGCACCAUGGUGCACAACUGCGAGGGUCUGGCCAAGAGCUACAAUGGACCCUAUCGGAACAGUCCAGAGCACAAGGGCUCUUCGCAGCGCAACUGCAGCAGGGGACCACCCUGUUCCCCAGGUCUGGAUUUUGAGGAGGAGUCACAUUCGAAAUACUUGACCGAUGCCCGCACUAAAAUGAUGGACUCGGCAGAGGAUUCGGAAAUGAUACGCACCGAAUACCGGAGACCCCGCGACGUUUUGCUCUCCGUGGUGGCUGAUUUCCUGACCAAGUCCACUGCUCGCCUGGCGGAGCUGGAAAAGAUGCCAAGUGAUACGAAACCCACAGAGGUUCUGGACGCCAAGUGCCACAUUCGUUUGGCGGACAUUGCCCACUCCCCGAAGGUUUCUCCCUACGAUCCGGAAUCCAUGGCCUGCCGGGGCUUGCAGCGAUAUAUGCAGGCUGUUCUUCCGCGGGCUGAGUGGUCCAACGAUACAUUACGCAACGCACUGGUCACCAUCCUGCGGCGCAUCGACAAGGUCUUCCUCAAGAUCUCAAAGAAGCCAUCCAUCAGGAGGAAUACGGACUGGGAGGCGGCCGCCGGACUGCUGAAGGGCAUCCACGAGACGAUCAUUCGGCACUCGUACGUGUUGCACUGGCAGCAGAUGAAAACGCUCAUUAGUACGGUGCAAAAUCUGAUCGUCAACGAGCCUGGAUCCGGCAUCCCCGAGGGAGUCUCCAGCGCAGGAGCAGCGCUCAUGUCUCAGAAUCCACCGGCCUUUUUCUGCUCGGCCGUGGUGCGUUUGGUGGCCCUGCAGGUGGUCAGCCCCGUGGACUGUUUCUCCCUCGUCCAGAUAUGCGGCGGGAGUGCCGAGUUUGCCACGCAGGAAAAGGCCGAAGGCUUUCUAAUGCAUCUGAUAAUGCCACUGUGUCUGAGUUGCUCGGGCCGAGGCGUUUCCGACGUGGGCGAAUUGAAGAUGACGGACGUCUCCUUCCUGCUGACUGCCGUGCUGAAUGCGAUGAGUCCGCGGCGGGUCGAACCGGCCAAGCCGUUUCCCCAGAUAAACCGGGUAACCGGCGACCUACGCGCCGGCUCGCUCACUUUCACCGGCAGUCGGGAUGCCAAGCGCCCAGCUCGCAUCUCCGGUUCCCUCUACCAGGCCGCCUUCCUGGCCCUGCGCAUCGUGUGCAUCUGCUUUGAGAGCCGGCUCUCCAACGAAUGGCCUCGCAUUGUCCGGGUGAUGAGGGAUCUCGGAAGGCGCAACGAGGCCGCACCGGACCUCUGGAGCUUCAUGGAGUUCGUGGUGACCCAUCGAACGCCCCUGUACAUUGUCCUGCUGCCCUUCAUCCUGCACAAGAUAUCCCAACCACCGAUUGGCGAUCACGAGCGGCACAUGCAGUUCAUCAUCAGGGAGCGACUGCGUGGAACUCCGCCGCAGGGCGGUAUCAAGUCCAAAGGAGCCCUGCUGCUGGAACUUGCCCGGGAGCUGCGUGACCUGCGCGACGAGCUGGAGGAGAAGCGAUACGUCUCCACAGAUCGCGAGAGUUCCGAGCAGAAGAAGAGCGACACACCGGCGGCAACUAGUGCGGCUGAAGCCCACAAGUCGCAGCAAAGACCUUCACUCAUAUCUAUCUUCACAGGAACCACCACCGGCCAGGCCUCGCACUCCCACGUCUCCGCGGUGCCGAUCGACUCGCGCAGUGGAUCCGGCGGGAUCUGCACGCCCAGCGACACGCUGUCGCAGCAGACGCUGCACCCGCCGCGGGAGUCGCUCUCGAGCAGCUCCACGGGCCGGGAUCCGCACACGACGACCAGCGAGAGCCAGAGCGGCGAGGCGGAUGCAGGAUCGGCGCCCACCUUGGUGGGGCCCACGCCGAGCGGAUCGGGUCACCAUGGAUCAAGCGGCGGCGGUAUCGGUACCUCCGCCUCAGCCGUGCCCUCGCAUCUCUCGCAUUCGCAGUCGUUGCAGCAGGCUCCCUUUAAGGCCCAGCCGCCCAAGUUGCGCUUCGUUUCGUCCGUGGAGUUCCGGCACUCCUCCGGUGAGACCUCCACCACGCCCCUCUCGCCGGAGAGUCCGGCGGAGGACAGUUCCGGGGAUCACACGAGGUCAAGGCUGCAGCGAUCCAAGGCGGCCAGCCGGAAGACCUUCAGGCUGAAGCGAAGUCGUCUGACGCCUAUGGAGCCACCCAGCAUUGUCACCUCCCAGGAGGAGCCACCGCAGCAGGCACAGGCCAAGACCCUGGGCGAGAUUUCCUGGGACUCGGUUUCGCAGACAUCCUCCACUUCCGGCUAUCGGGACAACAACAGCCUGCAGACGGGCCUUCUCUCGCCGGAUGGCUCUUUGGGUGGAUUGACCCUGGGUCGCUCACCCUCGCAGCACUCGCUUUUAAUGGUCUUCGAGGGGCAGGAUGAGGACACACUCAUUUAACAAUCACAGAACGGCGACCGGGCCUACGAA